AUGAGUGGCCAGGAACUGGUCAUUUUAAAUGUGGGAAGAAUCAUAAGAUUUUGUACCAUAAAGCAGUUUCCUGCCUCUAGGUGGACAGGAACAUUAGAUGGUGGCCAGGAAUUCAAGAAGAUUGGUAGCCAGAUUUUUGCAGACAGAGAUGGUGAUUUAUUUAGUUUCAUCUUAGAUUUUUUGAGAACUCAAUGGCAUAUAUUACCCACUGAUUUUUCAGACUAUAUUAGGCUUCAGAGGGUGUUUUUCUAUGAACUUGAUUCUCUGGUUGAUCUCAAAAAAGAACACCUGCUUCAACCAAGACCUGCUCUUGUGGAGGUGCAUUUCCUAAAUGGAAACACUCAGGCUUUUUUCAGGGUGGUUGGCUCUUGGCAGCAAAAACAAUUGAGAUGCUAAACGGAGGAGGAUUACAAUGUUUAUAGAGCACCUACCUUGUGUAGUAAUCCUUGCUCUCCUCAGAUAACCUUAUUUCCACUGCCUUCAUAAAAACCCUUCUAUGACCUGGUUUUGCUGUGAGGCUCAUACAGCAUUACUGAUAACUAAAUUGUAGUCAGGUAUGUUUCUAUAAAACCUGAUAACCAAAAAUUGGCCAAUGGAACUGAUGUCCUCAGCUUACUGAUUGACACUUUAUUAAAGGAAGGCUUCCAUCUGGUCACCCCUUGAACAGUAUCCUCUGAAGAAAAAACUGAAUGCUAUGGCUUUGAAAGGAAGAAAAGGCCUGAAGCUCUGUCCCUGAACAAAAGUGAAACCAGAGUCUCUGUCAUGCCAGAAAAAUCUCAGAAAAAGAAAUGAGUUUUUUUGUUCUCUUUUAGAAUAAAGGAAUUGCCAUUUU